GCGCAUCCUGGGGAUGUGGAGAAUGUGCUGCGUGCGAAGAGGCUCGUGGGGGAUACUACACCGAUCUCACGUGUGGAUCGCUGUCGCUUCAUUCGGAGGGUUAUAGGUGAUGGUGAUGAGACCGCCGAACGCGUUAAGCACGUUAUCGCCUCUUACCGGAAAGCUGAUUCUGUCGCUCUGGAGAAUGCUCAACGCUCUGGGCAGCCUAUAUCGUACUCCAAGGCGGAAGCUACCACACCCAUUGUCACAAAGCGGCUGCUGAAGGUGGCACAAAGGCAAAUCAUUCACCUUCGUAACAAGUGUUGUGAGGAUAACCUUGAUGAUCCUCCCUAUCGAAAGAUAG